AGAAAUGAGGGUCUUCAACCGGGAUCUCCGUCGUUUAAAAACCAUCACAACUGAGAAAUACUACAACAGGAUUUAUAAAUACAACGACAAUCAACUCGUGUGUGGUGGUCAUUAUAUUAGAGACAUAACACAAGAAGAGAGACACAAGAAAUACCGAAGAAUAUGGAAGAACAACAAGGAUUACUAUUAUUGCAUUGACUCCGACAUCUUUGACCCUUAUUAUGUGGAUGUGGUUGAUAUCAAAGAUGGGAAAUGUAAAGAUGAAGUGUGUGAUGGGAAGAUGAGAAGAUGGGGAAGGUUUGAGGGAUAUGAAGGGGUGGUGGAUGGUGUGGGAGUCACAUCUUUUGGUGAUGUUGUUGUUUUGAGGAGGGAGUUAGGAGUGAGGGAAGUUUUUUGUUUAGUGGAAUGGUUCAGGGAAAAGUCUUUGGUGAGGAGGAUAAGAAUAGCAGAAGAAAGGGUUUUUGGUCUGGAAUAUUAUUAUACUGCAAGACCUCGUCUGACCAUAAUUGGUGAAUGUGUUUAUAUAACAGAUUUCAUAAACAAUAUUUACGAAAUACCUCGACAUAUUGAAGAGGAAACAUCUGAAGAUGAUGAAAUCCUGAGAUUAGAAGAUAAUCCAAAAUAUUUACUCCUCAGAGGGGAUGAUAAUGAAGUCUUUGAAGUUCUUGGUUUGGAUGUUUCAGACAAUUCUUUGAUGGUUUUUGGAAUUAUUCCUGGACGUCAAUCUUUUGCUUUCUUUUAUUUUGACAAAUAAAUAUUUCCAGAAAUA